CGGCAGGCGUCUGCUAUGACAGUCGAGUCAGCGGCGUCCGACGCGGUGAUCAGCAGGCCACGCAAUGUCUUCGUUGUCCAAAGCUCAGCUGGAUGCAACAGCUGUAGAAAAUUUUCGCGAAUACCUACGAAUACCCUCGGUUCAGCCAAAUAUCAAUUACGAUGAUUGUAUUGCAUUUUUACAAAAACAAGCCAAAUCCCUUGAUUUACCUAUCAAGGUAUACCAGGUUCAUCCAGGAAAACCAAUCGUGGUUCUCACAUGGAUAGGUACACAGCCGUCAGAGCCUGCUAUUCUUUUGAAUAGUCACAUGGAUGUUGUGCCUGUUUUUGAAGAUAUGUGGACCUAUCCACCCUUUGGUGCCCAGAUGGACGAGCAAGGGAACAUUUAUGCUCGUGGUAGUCAGGAUAUGAAAUGCGUUGGGAUACAAUAUUUAGAAGCGAUUCGCCGGUUUAAAUCAACCGGGCAACGUUUUAAAAGAACGAUUCACGUUUCCUUUGUGCCGGACGAAGAGAUUGGCGGAGCACUUGGCAUGAAAAUAUUCGUUCACACCAAGGACUUCCAGGCUUUAAAUAUCGGUUUCGCGUUGGACGAGGGUGUAGCUUGUCCUGAAGAACAAUUUUACUUGUUCUAUGCCGAAAGAUCCAUUUGGCAUGUAGCAGUGGAGUGUCAAGGCACUCCUGGCCAUGGAUCCCUUCUGAUGGACAACUCAGCUGGAGAGAAGAUAAGAACCGUCAUUGAUCGUUUCAUGGACUUCAGAGCCAAAGAGAAAGAGAAAUUGAAAAAUCCUGAGCUUCAGCUUGGUGACGUCACGUCUGUUAAUUUAACACAACUGCGGGGUGGUGUGCAAACCAACGUGGUGCCCCCGUCGUUGACAGCGAUCUUCGACAUCCGACUUGAUCCUUCUAAAGAUCAUGAAGAAUUUGAAGCUAUGAUAAAGAAGUGGUGCGAGGAAGCCGGAACUGAUGUCACUUACACGUUCGAACAGAAAAAUCCUAAGAUAGAGAGUACACGACUGGAUGAUUCGAAUCCUUAUUGGAUAGCUUUUAAAAAAGUAUGCGACAAUCUGGGAAUAAAUCUGCAAAUAGGAGUCUUUCCGGGCGGGACGGAUAGCCGAUACGUGCGAUACGUUGGAAUUCCUGCUAUUGGUUUUUCACCAAUGAACAAAACGAAAAUACUUCUCCAUGAUCACGAUGAAUAUCUGAACAAAGAUAUAUUUUUAAAGGGUAUUGAAAUAUACCUGAAACUAAUCCCGGCAGUAGCCAAUGUCUAAACAGCUCUUCAGACGAUUAUGCAUCACGUAGAAGUCUCAUUAACGAACCAAAGACAGUAAGGUUAAUAAUAAGCAGAAAAUAAUGAAGAUACAGGCUUUUAGCAGAGGGUAGAAAAAUAAUGCAAUUAAGCUUUAUACUGGAUAAGCGAAACAUAGUGCAAUAACCCAUAAAAUGUUAUGUAAGAUUCAAAUUUUAAAAUUGUUAAAAGAUAUAUUCUAAGAAUAUAUCAAAAUUAGUAAAUUUGUUAAAUAGGGUCUGUUCAAGAAUGAUAUAUAGCAGAAAUGAUCUAAUGUGAAGAUAAAAUGGGAUCUAACAAGUCAAUUAAUGAAAUAUCCUUGCAUGUUGCGAGUAUUUCGAGUAGAACAGAGUAUUUCAUCGAAAGGACCAACUAAACGCAUUUAAAUAAGGUACUGAAAGACAUUAUUAAUUCAUAUAUUUAUGAUAUCUAAAAUGCACGAUCAGUAAUCAGAUGAGUAGCAAAAUAAUCACAAGUGUUCAAAUACAAUGCCAAAUCGUGGAAUUUUGUAAAAAUAUCUUGUAUGUUUAUAUAUAUUUGUUGAAAAAGUCAUAUAUUUUAUGAAAAGGUACAGC